AUGGUGAAGCGUAGAUGUAGACUUUGUUUUAGGAAGUUUGUAAGUAGGAGAGUUUUAGAAAGGCACAUGAGGUCUCACACGCUUGAUCAAUCAGUGUCACACUUUUUACCAUCGGGUGAUUCAGAACACGUAUUUGCGACUCAUAAUUAUGAUGAAUUUUCGGUAGUUGAACCGAUUGGGUCAUUGUCACUUGUUACUCCAGAACAUAGAGAAAGUGCGACGGAGUUAUUUAGGAAGAAGAAUCAUCCUACUCGAAAACGAAGAUCAAAGCGAAUUCUUUGUAUAGCGGCUUCUUCAACUUCGAUCGAUUAUCGUCACUUUAAUUGUCAACAACGACAAUAUUAUGUCCGGGGUUGUGGGAAAUCGAGUGUGGUUGAUGUUGAAUUGGACUUGCCAAUUAGUUCGACCACGGAAGUUACUUCCGAGGAAGACUUAGCUUUCUGCCUUAUGAUGAUGUCAAGAGACAAGUGGAAUAGCUAUGUUAGUGAGCGUUCUAUAAUAACAACGAAGAACAAGAUGAAAUACAAGUGUGUUACUGGGGGUAACAGAGCGAGUUAUAAGAGAAUUUGA